CUCCCCGACAGCAUCCCUGAACACGGAAAACUGUUACUAUUUAGCCAAGGACCUUGGCAAUGGCAUCUACGCAAAGGGCUGCGGCUCUUGAAGAGCUUGCUUCUUUGAUCUUAGGCAUCAACCAACCUUCUCCAACUCGCGUCGCAAUCGACGGACGAACAGCAUCUGGGAAAACUACGCUUGCCGACGAGCUUUCAAAGAUCCUCUCAGCCAAAGGAAGGAACGUUAUUCGUACUUCAAUUGAUGGAUUUCAUAGACCCAAGAUCGAACGCUAUGCGCGCGGCCGUUUCUCCGCUGAGGGUUAUUACUAUGAUGCGCGUGAUCUUCAGGCUAUCAACACCCUUCUUCUCUCCCCGUUAGGACCAGAUGGUGAUCGACGUUAUCGCACGGCAUCGUUUGACCUUGAUAAGGAUGAGCCUAUUGAACAACAACCGCACCUCGCCGCAAAUAACGCUAUACUCCUUGUGGAUGGCACCUUCCUCCAGCGACCAGAGCUGCAUGAUGGUUGGGAUUUGACGAUUUUCGUUGAAACCUCAGAGCAAGUUUCAGAGCAACGAGGUAUACAUCGAGAUGCUAGCCAUUUGGGAGGACUAGAGGCCGCACGGCAGCUCUAUGCAACGCGGUAUCGGCCCGCUUUUAAUAUCUAUGACAGCCUAUGCCAGCCAUCCUCCCUCACCGAUGCAAUAUUCAACAACGACAACUUUGAUCAGCCUACGCUCAAGCUUCGAGAUGGACAGUUACCGCACUAGUGGGCCUGGUUGUUUUGACGAUUGCCACAUAAUUCGUCUCCCUAUCGCGGCUCCGUCGUGUGAUGUGGUGUUCUCUAACGCCAGCUCGCUUAAGACUCCUACACCUCCAGGUAGUAGACCUAGCAGUCAAGGUAGCUCAGUAUCUAAAAUACCUUAUAUAGUUAAGCAGCUAAAGAAGUCAGAAUCUAGCUUUAAAAAGCUACUUAGAAAUCAGUCUCGCAGUCCAGAUUCAUCUAUCAAAACCAAUUUAAAUUAACUAAUUAAAGGUGCUGAACGAGCUAUAAAUGAUAUGACAAUACUUAAGCAUUA